GCCGCUGCCGCUGCCGCCGCUGCCGCCGGGAGCUCGAUGGGCUUCUCCUGCGCGCCGCCGGGUGUCUGGCCGAGUCCAGGGAGCCGCGGCGCCUCGAGCCGGAGAGCCAUCGCCGCAGCCCAAGGCCGGGACCCGGGUCGGGGACUGCAACGGGAGGCGACGGCAGCGGCGGCGAGAGACCCCCCGGAGGCCUGGGACUAGGGAACUGCCACCGGCUUCACGAUGCCAGUAUGGACAGAAUAGCUUAUGAUGCUUAUCCCCACCCACCACUUCCGAGACAUUGAGCGGAAACCAGAAUACCUCCAGCCGGAAAAGUGCAUCCCACCUCCCUACCCUGGUCCUGUGGGAACCAUGUGGUUUAUCCGCGACGGCUGUGGCAUCGCCUGUGCCAUCGUCACCUGGUUUCUGGUCCUCUACGCAGAGUUUGUGGUCCUCUUUGUCAUGCUGAUUCCAUCCCGUGACUAUGUCUACAGCGUCAUCAACGGAAUUGUGUUCAACCUGCUGGCCUUCUUGGCCCUGGCCUCCCACUGCCGGGCCAUGCUGACGGACCCCGGGGCAGUGCCCAAAGGAAAUGCCACUAAAGAAUUCAUCGAGAGUUUACAGCUGAAACCUGGGCAGGUGGUAUACAAGUGUCCCAAGUGCUGCAGCAUCAAGCCUGACCGGGCCCACCACUGCAGCGUUUGUAAGCGGUGCAUUCGGAAGAUGGACCACCACUGUCCCUGGGUCAAUAACUGUGUCGGCGAGAACAACCAGAAGUACUUCGUCCUAUUUACAAUGUACAUAGCUCUCAUUUCCUUGCACGCUCUCAUCAUGGUGGGAUUCCACUUCCUGCAUUGUUUUGAAGAAGAUUGGACAAAUCUCCUGCAGGCCUAUGGAAUGACCAGGGAAGAAACAGCAGAGGCUCUACUCUCUCCUCCUGAAAAAGAGCAGGCCCUUAAAGUCAGUUCCUCAGAGUGCAGCUCCUUCUCUCCACCCACCACGGUGAUCCUUCUCAUCCUGCUGUGCUUUGAGGGGCUGCUCUUUCUCAUAUUCACGUCAGUGAUGUUUGGGACACAGGUGCACUCAAUCUGCACGGAUGAGACGGGAAUAGAACAAUUGAAAAAGGAAGAGAGAAGAUGGGCUAAAAAAACAAAAUGGAUGAACAUGAAAGCCGUUUUUGGCCACCCCUUCUCCUUAGGCUGGGCCAGCCCCUUUGCCACGCCAGACCAAGGGAAGGCAGACCCGUACCAGUAUGUGGUCUGAAGGACCCUGACCAGCAUUGCCACUCAGACACAAACCACAUCACAGCACUACCGUCCGGCCCGUUCUCAUGAACGUUUAAACCGAGAAAGCAACUACUCUCAAACUUUUCUUUUUUUAAUGCAGUAAAAUGGCUGAGCAUUGCAGAGAAAAAAAAAAAAAAAGUCCCUGUUUUAUUUUUAAAAGAUCAUCCUCUCUAUUUUUUUGGUGACUGAAGCUGCUCUUGUUCCUUUUUAAAAUUACUUCUCUGGCCUCUGGUUUCCUCUCUACUGUCUGUCUGGCGUGACUAACGUGGAGGGGUGCUGUCUCCGGGGCUGUGCCCACCUCUACUAACCGAGUGAGACGUGAGUGACGCUGGUGGUGGAGGGACCGGCCCCGGAUGCCUGGUUGGGGACCUGUAGGAGAGCCAGGAGGGCCUGUGACAUCCCCCUGCCCAGAAGGCAGCGGCAGGCUCCCCAGAUGGGAAUUUAAAUCUCAACGAAGACGGACACUUAACCCCUUGAGGCCUGAGCAGGGCAGCAUCAGGGCUGGAGACUUCAGAAGGGCCUUGACAAGCAGCCUCACCCCCGAGUGGACACGGUUUGCCUCCUUAAUCCGUGAAAUCAAUUGCCUGCCUUGUACCUUGUGGGCUUGGGGUGUGUAGAAUGAUUGGGGGUGGGGGGUGGGAUGUGGGGCAAAGAUUAAAGGGGUCUUAAUUUGUAUUCUGGAUCAGCAAAUAUAUUCCCUCUGAUUGUUUGGAAAACUGUGAAGGAAAGAAAUUUUUCCAGUUUCAGAUGCCUUACACCAUCAAAAAAUUACGCCAUUUCAGGCAAGCUACAUUGUCCUUUGCUACAGCUGCUUACUCUCUUACCUCCCCUUGCUCAGCAAGAUGCCAGUUCAGCAGUGAUAAUGCUGACGGGACGAAACGGGCGCCACACCAGCCACAACCUCGCCGUCAGGAAGGUCGACCCCUUCUUCCUAGUUCUGUAAAUCUCUAAAGUGGGUUCACUUUCUGAUACUUGAGAUCCAUAAAUGUGCACAUACUCGUGUACACAUUUCUUUUAACCUGGGAGGCUGCUGUGGGGCUGGCGCGCGUGCCUGCCUGUCGCCGACCAUCAUGUGGGGGCACGUGAUGGCGCCAAGGCUGGAGUAGCGUUUUCCAUUUGGGAGGGGCUUGUGUUUAGUCUCAUUUGAAAGAGGUGGUGAACAGCUGGGGUUAGAUAGUAAGAGUAGGUGGGAGUACCCUUCCUAUGUAAAAAUGACAGGAAUCUGAAUACUGACCAUCUGUGAAUUCUUAUACUUGGAUUUGAUUUUUAAAGCAGUUGCCACAAACCUUUUUCAGCUUUUGUUUGGGGUAGGGGUGGGAGCUAAGGUUUAGUAAAUCCAGUCUUUGGGUAGGAAGAAAGUUGACCUAGCCAUGUGUUUUUUGUUUUUUUUGUUUUGUUUUGUUUUGUUUUCAGAAAAGUAAGUGGAAUAUGCUGCAUCUUUUCAAUUUCUGUCAGUGCUUCCACAUGGACACAAAAUACAAUAAAACUUUUCCAAAACCUGUUCAGAUCUA